AUGGCGUUCUCCGGCAGGAUCAAGGAGCUCGUGAGGAAGUACGGCAAGGUGGCCGUGGGCGUCCACCUAUCCGUCUCCUGCGCCUCCAUCGCCGGCCUCUACGUCGCCAUCAACAACAACGUCGACGUCGAAGCCGUCUUCCGGAGGUUCGGCAUCUCCCCCGGCGUCACCGUUGACAGCGAGGCCUCACCCGCCCCUGCCUCCCGCGACGCCCCCCUGCCGCCCAGCCCCAGCGAGGUCCUGCAAGAAGAGAUGGAGCGGGAUCGGCAGCCCCGCAACAGGACGAUGGAGCUCGUGGCGUCGAGUGGCGGCGCGCUCGGGCUCGCGCUCCUCUGCAACAAGGCACUGUUCCCCGUGAGGGUCCCCAUCACCAUCGCGCUCACGCCGCCCGUCGCCGGGCCCUCAGCCGCUGGAGGCUCAUCAAGAGCUGAUUUGACAGAGAAAGCUCUUUACAAUACUAACCUCACUUCUGUACAUGAUAUUCAGAUCUGGCCUGAUGCGAUCUCGUCCUGGGCGCUGCUGAAAUCAUCGACUAAGAACUUCGCCUUUGCGUUUCCGUCGGUGCUGCAGAACAAUCCGCUGUAUCUGCAGAGCUUCACGGAGGCGGACGACGCCCUCAAGCUCCACCACAUCGUCCACUGCUCCCUCGACGUCAUCGACGAGCGAGUGAACAAUCCUAAAAGGAGUGCGCCUACGUUGAACGAGACAUUUUUGGGUCUUCUGUACCCAACUGAGAACUACAAAGUGUACGGCUAUUUGACAAACACAAAGGUCAAGUUUAUCAUGGUCACGACUGAUCUUGAUGUCAAAGAUGCAGAUGCCCGAAAUUUUUUCAGGAAGUUCCAUGCUGCAUAUGUAGAUGCCGUCUCAAACCCGUUCCAUGUCCCGGGGAAGAAGAUCGCUUCAAGAAGCUUUGGUGCAAGAGUAAGCACCAUCGUGAAAUCCUUUGGUUCAGGGACAACCAGUUGA